AUGGAGCAAAUCGAGCAGCGUGCCGUCAUUAAGUACCUCCAUAAGAAGGGGCUAUCAUCAAAAGCCAUCCAUGAUGACAUGGUCAGUACAUUAGGCGAUUGUGUUCUGUCAUAUUCAUCCGUCAAAAAAUGGAUAGCAGAAUUUAAGCGUGGUAGAGAGAGUGUGAAAGAUGAACCCCGCUCUGGAAGGCCUUCGACGUCAACUACUGACGAAAAUAUUAAAAAAAUACUUGAUUUAAUAAUGGGAGACCGCAGAUUAAAAAUUAGAGAGAUAGCCGAGAUUAUAGGCAUCUCUUAUGAACGAACUCAAAACAUCAUUGUCAACGAGUUGGGUUUCCACAAGGUGUCUGCAAGGUGGGUUCCGCGACUGCUUUCAGUUGAACAAAAAAGGACGCGAUUGACUAUUUCACGCGACUGUUUGGAGUUAUUUGAAGCCGAUGCAGAUGAUUUUUUAAAUCGUUUUGUUACUAUGGACGAAACAUGGGUUCAUUACUAUACACCGGAAACAAAACAACAAUCAAAACAGUGGAGAAGACCUGGUUCACCACCCCCUAAAAAGGCUAAGUCGAUUUUGUCGGCAAAUAAGGUGAUGGCUUCAGUAUUCUGGGACUCGAAAGGUGUGAUUAUGAUUGAUUAUCUUGAAAGGGGUCAGAAUAUAAACUCUGAUUACUACUGCACCUUACUACGUCGUUUACGAGAGGAAAUAAAAGAAAAACGUCGAGGAAUGCUCAGAAGAAAAGUCCUGUUUCAUCAAGAUAACGCCCGUGUUCACACGUCAGUACAGUCAAUGGCUGAAAUUCACAACUGUGGCUUUGAACUGUUACCGCAUCCGCCGUAUUCACCUGAUCUGGCACCAUCAGACUUCUUUCUGUUCCCUAACCUAAAAAAGCACUUGGGAGGUCAAAGAUUUUCGACAAACGACGAGGUCAAAGCAGCUGUAGACGCAUAUUUUGACUCUAAGGAAGAAUCAUUUUUUUUCAACGGUCUAAAUGCUUGGCAGGGGAGGUGGCAAAAGUGUAUUGAACUUGAUGGUGAUUAUGUAGAAAAAUAA